AUGCCUGAACCAACUACUAUAGCCGAUACAGAGUCAGACUCUCCUUUGCAUCCGCUCUUUCAACCCGAUGCUCCCUUGGAGCUAUCACAAACAAGCACGCUUGAAGAACUCAUGCAAGAGCUGCGUGAUCUUUCUACGUUGGAAGAAUCAACCUCUGAAAGCCUGAAUAUUGCACAACUCAUGAGUCAACUGACAUCGGCAGAAAAGGCAUUGGAUACUCUGGGUAGCAAAACCGACAAUCUACUUGCUAAGCUAGAUGCAAUCCUUGUCGAGUCUGGCGAGGCAGACGAGCAACUAAGCGAGUUAAAGACCACUAUACAGGAUUCUAGUAGUGUAUCAACAUAG